CCAUCCCCCAACACAUCCACCAGUACUCGGAGUACUGGGAGCUUCGCCCACCCACAACUCACUCACCACGAAAUACAUACGCAUAAACGAUGGAAUCAGAAGAGCGGUCGCGGCACCGUACGGGCCGCAAGUUAACGAAGAAACGGAAAGACUCGCGGAGGAUCUCGCUGGACAUACCCGAACGCUUUCGAGAUGGGGACGAUGCACAGGACGAUGUCACAGCUCCGAAAAGGAAGGAUACCAUGCCCAUGAACCAGUCGCUCUUCUCCAUGAUUGCUAGGGUCAGUCAGCAGUCGCAGACCGAUCUCGCAGCUAUGGAAGGCGUGGAUUCCGGUGACAGCGAUGACGAGGGGAAGAGGACGGGGAGGGUACCAUAUCACAGCCUGGAUGGCGCAGCAAGACUGAGUCGAAUCAAUACAUCCAAUGAUUUCCAGCAGCCACAGGCACAAGGAGAGGACAGCCGCAAGCCAGCGGAGCAUAAACAUCGCAGGUCACUGUCGGAGAACAAGCUCCUUCGUUCGUUACCAAAGCUCAAGAGCUCAAGCAGGAAGGAAAACAAAUCGGAAGCACAUCAUGCGGAUCAAAUGUCUUCGUCGCAGUUCCUGCCUCCUCGUCCAUCCGAAGAUGCUGCCGUUGCAACCUCGCGAGAUAGCAAAACACUGAAGCAUAAAUCGAAGGUCACGGCUGGCCAAGAUAUCCAUGUAGAGAAGCGGAAACAAUCCGACAAGGGUCGGCAUGGAAGCGUGUCAAAUCUAGCAAAGUCUCGAGCUCCUGUCACGCUUGCGGCACGCCUACAAGAUAUCUUUGAGUUCGAGAAUCUCGAGGAAGUCAUCUCUGAAUAUCCAUGUUGGCUGCUCCAAAGCAUCUUACUGCAAGGGUAUAUGUACAUAACCCAGCGCCACAUAUGCUUCUAUGCAUAUAUUCCCAAGAAACAUCACGACGUCAGCAAGACGGGUUAUCUAUCAAAGCGUGGUCGUUCCAAGUACAAUCGCUAUUGGUUUAUACUUCGCGGAGAUGUUCUCGCCUACUACACAAACCCCGCAGAUCUAUACUUCCCUCGCAAUCGAAUAAAUCUCCAGUAUGCCAUAUCCGCCGAGGUAUUGGACUCAAAAGAUAAGACCAAAGACGAAACAAUAUUUAACGUCACUACGGACGAGCGCACUUAUCAGUUUAGAGCAGACAGCGCAGUUAGCGCCAAAGAGUGGGUGAGGUCGAUCCAGAAGGUGAUAUUCCGAACGCACAACGAAGGCAACAGCGUCAAAAUAUCCCUUCCGAUCCAGAACGUCCUCGAGAUAGAAGAGAGCACCAUCUUGGACUUCGCCGACACGGUCAAGGUCCGCGUGAUUGACAACGACGAGACAUUCGCUAUUGAUGAGUAUUUCUUUUCCUUUUUCUCCAACGGACAAGACGCGCUCAACGUGCUUCGAAUAAUGGUCAAUGAUAAUGAUCACCAUCAAACACCAGGCCAAGCUGAUGGGGCGGCGACUACACCCACUAUGCUUGGUGCACCUAGUCGUACUGCACAGCUCACAGAGAGCGCUUUUGGAGCCCAGCCAAUCACGGAGAGUGUCCGAGCUACAUUAUCGCCUCUGCCUGGCCCAUAUGCUGGUCGGUCCAGUCUGAGCGUCGAGCCCGGCCGAUCAAGUACAGAUGUGAAAAGGAAAAGCCUUGAUGUGCGACGGAGUAUGGAUGCCUCCCGCACGUUUCGUAGACCCAGCCACGAGGCCAGGCGCAGCUUCAGCGGUCGCGCGGAUAGACGCUCUACGAGCCUUGCCAGAGACCGAUCACCAUUAUCUACAAAGCCUCAUGAUUCAUCAGAAUCAGCGACAAAUUCAUUUGGCCCGGGCACAGAAUCAUCGGCUGCAGUACAGUCAAUGGACGAGAGCAAUGCGUCAGCGAGCCAAAUAUUGGGCCGUUCAGAUGUUUUCCGAGCACCAAACCUUCAUUCACCGCGUUUGGAGGCUUCUGAUAAGUCUGAUAAUUUGACGAGGCACUCGCAAGAUACUACCCGUUCAUCUGGCGGGAAGGCUGCAGCUCAUUCACUCAAGCCCGCUGCGAAACGCGGUGAAUCCCAUGGCAACAGACAAUCACCGCUUGGCAGUCCCGACGUCGAAGACGACGCUGACGCGCAACACUUAAACUCCCGGUUGUCGGGCUCUUCCUCUGCUCUCCAAGACAUUGCCUCCAUCCCUUUUCAAAAAGCUUCGGGGCUUGCGGGAUUUCUUCGCAAUCGUUCCAAGAAGAUGGGUAACCUACUCGCUACCGAUGCCAUGGGCUACUAUGAGAAAGUAUCCGGCAUGCUGGCUGGUGGUAGAAAGCACUACACUACUGCCGACGGGCUUGAGCCAGGCGACCAAGUUCACGGCUUCGAGGAAGAUGAAGACGCUGCAAAGGCAGCUGAGCAUUUCCGCGAGCAUUUCGCCUUCCCUGAAACUGAACAAUUGCAGUCUUCCUUCUUUGCGUCGCUCCAGCGAAUUCUUCCUAACUAUGGAAAGAUCUACAUCAGUGGUCGCUACUUCUGUUUCCGAAGUCUGGUUCCUACCUUGAAAACAAAGAUCAUUCUACCCAUGCGCGACAUCGAGAAUGUUAACAAAGAGAAAGGUUUCCGUCUAGGAUACCAUGGCUUGGCCAUCGUAAUCCGUGGCCACGAAGAACUGUUCUUUGAAUUUUCCAAGGCAGAAUAUCGCGACGAAUGUGCCAUUACGGUUCUCCGAAUCCUUGAGAGCACAAAGUACAUCGAGGACGAUGACACAUCUUCAUCUGGGAUUGAUAGCGAAGAUGAGGCAGCCAAAUUUGAGCACGACCUCCUACAAGAAGCACGCCUAGUUGCAGACGGACCAGAGCCCGCAGAGGUGUCGCAAAUUAUUCGAGGAGCCGAUAACGAACGGAUCCCCUUGAUCUUCGACGAUCCCCUCGCGUCCAUCGUCGACUUCAAACCUUCAGAGCCCCUCAACAUCGUGUGCCUAACAAUCGGAUCGCGUGGCGAUGUUCAGCCGUACUUAGCUCUCUGCAAAGAGCUCUUGAAGGAAGGCCAUAAACCUCGGAUCGCAACGCAUGCCGAAUUCGAAUCCGUCGUCCGCGAGAAUGGUAUAGAUUUUGCACCGGUGGAGGGCAAUCCAGCCGAGCUGAUGAGGAUUUGCGUCGAGCACGGAAUGUUCACCUACAGUUUCAUGAAGGAGGCAAAUGCCAAGUUCCGUGGAUGGCUCGAUGCUGUCUGCAGUUCUGCCUGGCAGGCCUGUCAAGGCGCGGACGUCCUCAUCGAAAGCCCCAGUGCUAUGGCAGGCAUACACAUCGCAGAAGCUUUGGAGAUCCCAUACUUCCGUGCCUUCACGAUGCCUUGGACCCGCACGCGAACUUAUCCUCAUGCGUUCUCCGUGAUGGAGAAGAAGAUGGGUGGUGGCUACAACAGUGUAACAUACCUAACCUUCGACACGAUCUUUUGGACUGCGAUCUCAGGACAAAUCAACAAGUGGCGGCGACAAGAUUUGGGUCUACAGAACACCUCGCAGGCAAAGAUGCAGGCUAACCUUCGACCUUUCCUGUACAACUUCAGCCCUUCUGUGGUCCCUCCACCCCUGGAUUGGCCCGAUUGGAUACGUGUAACCGGCUACUGGUUCUUGGACGAAGCGGACAACUACAAGCCUCCUGAAGACCUGGUCAACUUCAUUGCCAAGGCACGCGAGGACAAUAAGAAGCUCGUGUACGUGGGUUUCGGAUCCAUCGUCAUUGAGGACCCAGCAGCCCUCACUCAAGCUGUCAUUCAAUCCGUGCUGAAAGCAGAUGUGCGUUGCAUCCUCUCAAAGGGCUGGUCAGAUCGCCUAGGCAAAGGCAAGGAGGCAUCGCAGGCAGAAGUUCCAAUCCCGCCGGAGGUGUUCCAGAUUCAGGCUUGUCCGCACGACUGGCUGUUCAAGCAGAUGGAUGCAGCAGUCCACCAUGGAGGGUCAGGCACGACCGGCGCAAGUCUUCGAGCUGGUAUUCCCACCAUCAUCAAACCGUUCUUUGGCGAUCAGUUUUUCUUCGCUCAACGCGUCGAGGAUCUUGGAGUAGGCGUAAGACUCAAUAAAAUCAACAUCAGUGUCUUCAGUAGAGCUCUAUGGGAAGCAACAAACAGCCAACGCAUGAUCGUCAAAGCGAAAGUGCUGGGACAGAAGAUCCGCAGAGAAAACGGCACGCACGUUGCCAUCCAAACCAUCUACCGCGAACUCGACCGUGCAAGAACCCUGAUCAAGAAACACGAAAAGCGCGAGGGCGACAGCGACGAGUUCGACGACUGGACGCUCGUCGAAGAAGCCGAAGACCUCGAGCCUCCCCAUCCUUUCGAGAUCCAGCAGCCGGUCGCCGGAAUGGCACGGGCAAGUACCGAAGGCGCUCGUCUUGGUAGCGGCUCUCUGGCCCUUGGAAGUAUGGUUCUGAAAGCCUCAUCGACACCCAGGGGCGACCCAGGUUCGGCAUCGAAGAAGUAACAUGCCUCUUCCAACCGCCUACACAUUCUUUGGAACGCAAAUAUGAUUAGACGAAAGAAUCGAACGUCCACAUGCUAUAAACAACUUUCAUUUUGUUUCCCGCCAUCCCUUUCUUUUUCUUUUAACGAAGCGAUU